ACCAACCCCUAUUAUAUUAUUAAAUUCUCCAUUGAUUGUCUGUAGUGAUCAACUAUCUAAUGAUUCCUUCUUUGUCAACAUUAAAACCAUAUCAUCGGAUCACUCAUUUGUUCUUCAUCAUUACAAAACUGCAAGGAUUCAUCAAGUCAAAGCACCCAAACUUGCACUUCAAGAAAAGUAUCAGACCAUGUCAAAAUUGGAAGAAUAGUGGCAGAUGCUGGAAAGAGAUCAUAGGCUUCAGAUCGCGUUAGAAAUUAUCAUAAUACUUAUGUUCAACGCCUACGAAGAAAUGCAAAAGACAAAGCCUAUUUUGCAAAAAUCUGGCAGGCUCUGGAGGCAGGCCAGAUGUGCGAUCUGAUGGCCAUAUUUGUGCUAUCGGUUUACACUAGAAAGGUUGGUCCAGAGAUUCGGGCGCUUUACCUCCACCUUGAUGCAGAAAGGCUUUUCUUGUUAAUUGGCCAAAUUGUGACCUUCAUUCUGAGCGGACAGCCAUAUUUUGCUUUUCCUGCUCCUGGUUACCCGUUCUACUCGACUGCUGCCAGCAAUUUUUCUAGUAAUGUUGCCAGCAAUGUUUCUAUUAUAGUUGCCAGUUUUUUCAAACAUCCUCCUGCCCCCGUUCUUGAGAUACUUACCGUUAAGUUUACCACUGAGGAUGCCACACAAGAGAAGUACCUGGAGUUCUUUCUUAAGUGAACAUCAUAAAAUUAAAGUCAUGCGUGACAGAUCCACAUUCGCCAAGUCCGAGCGCCUUCUUUACGUGGAACUCUCAACUUCUCCGGUAUGUUCUGUUACACUAGUAUUAGACAAAUGCGACGCGUAUGUGGUGGGCUACAAAGCACAAAUGGUUUGCUACUUAUUGGAGUUAGAUGAUGAGAAGAGUUGGGUCAAGGAUUUUAUCGAGGGAAGUCUCGUCUCUCUGCAUUUAGGUUUUAGCUACACCAAUCUUGAAACGAAAGCUGGAGAGUGUUCGCGGUUAGAUAUUUCCAUAGGAAUCAAAGAACUUGAAUCCGCAAUCGAAGUACUCUACGACACUAGUUCAGAGAACACUGAUACGAAAUCUGUGGCGAAAGCGCUUAUAAUUUGCAUAACAAUGAUUACAGAGGCUGCAAAAUUCUACUAUAUAGAGAAGAAAGUUUGUGAUAACAUUGUGGAAGGUGGAAGGAAAACAUUUUACAAGAAAUUUUAUAUAGAUGAAUUUAUGGUCAAGCUCCAAAAUAGUUGGGCGCAAAACUCCGGCGUUGCUCAAAAAAUGCUUCCGCACAUGGCGCUCAUGAAAUAUGAAAAAGAAGAUGGUGAUCUUGGAGUGGGAACAUCAUCUAGUCAAAGGGAAAUGUCACAGAACUCGGAAAAUACGAAUGGAAAUGAAAACGGAGACGGAAAGGAAAAGGUAAAUAGAACAAGUGCAAAAGGAAAGGAAAAGGUCACAGAAUUUGUAGAAGAAGAUGGUGAUCAUCAGCAAGUAGAAUGCAAAACAAAAUGGAAACGGAAAUGGAAAACGGAAGGGAAAGGGAAAGAAAGGUAAAUAGUUAAAAUCUGUUUUUAAAAAAGAUCUCAAAAUUUUAGAGUUCCUCUGCAAAAAUCCUCUUCAUCAAAGCUUAAAUUUUAUGUGUUUUUUUUCAAUAAGUUUCUGUGUGUCUAGCUAGCAGUUGAUGUUGUAAUUUUCGCAGCAGCAGUAGUAGAGUUUACUUGAGUGUGUGUACGAACUGCUUGAUUGAUACCAAGGCAUAAUCUUGAAUAUACAUCAUCAUUUUUGGUU